GCUUUGCUCAGGGGAAUAAAAACAUGAUAUAUGUUUUUGCUGUCAAUAAGAAAGUUACAUGUCUACCCUUUGGAGGUAGGUAGGUGACAAAUGUUGGUACUUUGUAAUACAUACAGUAGAUCAAGUUGGAAAUAUUAUGUAUAACCUAUGAAUCAGUGGCUUUAAUUUUAGAAAUGGGAAAUCAGAAAUUGGUUGCAUUACUGAAAUGUAUAUAACGUAUACAUUGGGAUUGAAUUUCUUAAACUGUUGUUGUGCUCUGCUUUGUUUACAUCAUUCUUCUAAAUUCCCAGGAGUUUGCCGCCUUCCCACAAGCAUUAAGCUUGCCAUAUAAUCAGCCAGCAAAGCUACUAAGCACCGUUUGGUGGAUGGAUGAUCCACGCUGAGACCUAAAACAGCCACCAGGUGUUUACACUUGUCUUGCAGGAAACUAAUUUGACUUUCCCAACAUAAGAUAGACUUUCUCUCAGGGGCAAACCCAUAACAAAUGGAGACAGACAGGCCUCCACAAGAUUUCCUGCUCUUUGCGCGUUGCGCAUUGCCGCUGGUAUUUCCAGUUCAUGCGGUGUGGGCCGCAUCAUGUGAGGCCUCUUUACCAAGAUCGCUGCUAUGAUUUUAUUGCAGCCUUGAUUAGGCACAUGUGACUAACUGCAAACUCCUGUUGGCAACGGGUGAGCGGUUGCCAGAAGGCAGAGGUCUUCCAGAGCACUGAAUUGUAACAAGAUUCAGCCUCCCGGGUUCACGAGGCGAGACCGGUUCCUCGGGAAUUCGAUUCUUCUGGCCGAGUGGAACAAAGUUGGCCCAACUCACUUCAUUUCACACAUUAACUGUUGCGUAUUUGCGUAGAAGAGAGACUUUUUCAUUCUGCAGGCAGUAUUCCGCAGCCACUACCUCACGGAAGAAAAAUGCAAAACCCACUUCACUUCCCACGGAAAAAACAGCCAAGACAAUUUGCCUCCAGGUCGCUUGGAUUAGAGAUGCAGACGCCACAUUGCAGGACCCCCAAUCUCCUGCUCAUCCUUCUGGGCCCCGUACUGUUGGCUGUGGGCCGGGCUGCUAUGAAGAGCCAAGAAAUGCUGUAUGAACUCGAGAGGGAACCAACCUAUUGGGAUGCUCAGGCUAGGGCAACACUGGAUGCUGCGCUGAAACUCCGCCCUCGGGAGCACCAAGCCAAGAACAUCAUCCUGUUCCUCGGCGACGGGAUGGGUGUGUCCACAGUGUCAGCAGCUCGAAUCCUGCGAGGUCAGAUGGAGGGCAGAUCAGGGGAGGAGACAAUGUUGGCCAUGGACACCUUCCCAUAUGUGGCCCUGUCAAAGACCUACAGUGUGGACAAGCAGGUAGCAGACAGUGCUAGCACAGCCACAGCCUACCACUGUGGGGUGAAGGCCAAUGCUAAGACAGUGGGGCUCAGUGCUAACGCAGUAGCCUACGAAUGUAACACCACCUUCGGUAAUGAGGUCUACUCAGUACUACGGCGUGCUAAAGCACAAGGUAAAUCAGUUGGUGUAGUGACCACCACCCGUGUCCAGCAUGCCUCCCCAGCCGCUGCUUAUGCCCACUCUGUCAGCCGCAGUUGGUACAGUGACGCAGAUCUUCCUUCCAGCGCCCGCCAACAGGGCUGCGUCGACAUUGCAACCCAACUGGUCACCAAUGUUGACAUUGAUGUCAUUCUGGGGGGAGGGAGGAUGUAUAUGACUCCAAAAGGCACCCUAGACCCCGAGUACCCUACCUCCAACUCUCGCAAGGGGGACCGCAAAGACAAGAGGAACCUCAUUGACGUGUGGCUGAAGGCUAAACCAAACAAGAAGUCGCACUAUGUUUGGCACAGAAAGGAGUUUGAUGAGAUUAAUAUUAAAGCAACUGACCGGCUCAUGGGUCUGUUUGAGCCAAAGGACAUGCGGUUCGAGGUUUACCGGAACAGCACACGUGACCCCUCGAUUGUGGAGAUGACAGAGAAGGCCAUACAAAUCCUCAGCAAGAAUCCCAAAGGGUACUUCCUGUUUGUGGAAGGAGGGAGAAUUGAUCAUGGCCACCAUGAUGGCAUUGCCAAACUGGCACUGACAGAAGCUGUGAUGUUUGACCGAGCCAUUCAGCGCGCUGCACAGCUAACUAGGGAAUCCGAUACUCUCACUGUGGUCACUGCUGACCACUCCCACGUCUUCACCUUUGGUGGUAACACACCACGAGGGAAUCCCAUCUUUGGUCUGGCACCAAAGAAAGCUGAUGACAAAAUGCCUUUCACCAGCAUCCUGUACGCCAACGGCCCUGGUUAUGUCCAUAUAAAUGGAACCAGAGGGAACAUCACAAUGGUGGAUUAUUACGAUGAAGAGUACAUGCAGCAAGCUGCCGUCCCAUUGGAUGCUGAGACGCACGGCGGGGAGGAUGUGGCCAUCUACGCCAAAGGCCCAAUGGCUCACCUGUUCCAUGGGGUGAAAGAGCAGAACUACGUGGCACACGUCAUGGCCUACGCUGCCUGCUUAGAGCCCUACACAAACUGCCCUCGUCACCCCCACAGUCACACCUCGAGCGGCUGUGUGAACACAACCUCGAGCCUCCUAUUUGGCCUGCUUAGCCUCCUCUGGUUACUCAGAUGACCCCCAAAACAAACACACACACACACACACACACACACACACACACACACACACACACACACACGCAC